AUGCCUGGCGAAGAGACAUCCCUGAUGCCUCUCGCAAUGGGGGGUUUCGUCUUGCAACGCAAUGGCGGGCUUCCCCUUGCUGCUUCUCUCAUUGCAAUUUCUGCUGCUGGAGACAGCGGGGCUCUUUUUUGCGGUUCUGCAUUUGGUAAUAUCCGCAUAAUUCAGAGACUGUCUCCAAAUAAGACAGUGGCGGGGUUUGUGAUUGAAGGUGUGCUGGGAUCGUUUGCGUGGAGUUGGGCGGCGGCUUUGCUGCUCUGGCAUUUGUCUCUGCACUGCCCUUCUUUGGGUUUAAGCCUCUUCUCUCUUGCUGAUUAUCUUUUCUUUGCUUCUUUAACAAGUGGGAUCGGUUUGCUGGGGGACCUUGUUGAGAGCGCCUAUAAACGCUGCGCUGGUGUUAAAGACUCGAGUAGUUUGUUCGGGCCCCACGGCGGGAUGCUGGACCGUCUGGAUUCUUUGGCGCUGCCAAUCCCCGUACUGGUGUUCUUCUUAACACUACGAGGAUAUUUGUAG